GUUUUUAUAAUAAUAAAAUGGAAAGUAUUACUAAAGCUAUUGAAAAAGAGAACACCCAGAUGAUCCGCCUAGAGAAUUCUGUCCUGGCAGAAUCCAAGGAGCAAGAGGUCACCACAUGUCAGAGCAUCCUCUAUAAGGUUCUUCCAAAUAAAAAAGUUGAGCCAUUGGAUCCAGACUCCGAAAAAGUUUCAUAUAACAGUACACUUGGCAUUUGGUUUAACAAAAUCAGAGAUGAAAAACUGUUGAAAAGUUUGAAGUGUCUUAAGGUUUUUGAUAUAGAUUGCCUUUAUUUGGGUCAGAUUGAUUCUAAAAACAGGCGUUUUGUAAAUUUCUUACAAUCCUCAUUCCCAAAUAAAAUUAAGAAACUAGCUUUUGUGUCCAAUGACCUAAUGGAUCUGAAAAGGCCCAACUACUUAAACUUCCUGACCAGACUCAGCUCAAAAGUCGCUCAUGAAGUUUACUUUAGAGAUUUCAGAAUCGGCCUACCCCAACUCAAGAGGCUAGUGGCAGCUUUCAGGCAUGUGAGAACUUUGAGAUUGCAAUAUUGCAGGCUAUCUAUCCCAAGUGUUCCUGAUUUGUCAAAGGCUCUGAAGAAUUGCCAAAUCCAGAAAAUAUAUUUAUUCGGGUCAGGAGACUCGGAUUUAAGUGAUUGGAAGAGCAACUUCGACGAGUUCGUGAACUUGGUACAAGGGUUAGCAAGUUCUCCAUAUUUAAGAUUGAGUCUUGAAGAAGUAUUUGUCAAUGACUGCGGAGUGACCCAAAAUAAAGUUGAAGAAGUCUUUGAAGAAAACCAGCUUGGAGGAGUAAAAAUAAUUGGUGGAGAAUAAAUUCUGGCUAAA